AUGUGCAAAGCAGCAACGUGCGAUACUUGCAGCAAAAAAACAUGGUGGGGCUGCGGCAAGCACGUUCCCAGCGUCAUGGACAAUGUUUCGGAAGACGAGCGAUGUACCUGUGAGCCCAAAGUCGAGAAGGACGGGAAGCAGUACCCGCCGAUGUCGAAGAGUAACCCAUAA